CUAUAUAAUUUCUUUCGAUCCGUUCUUCUGAAUCAGAUCAUUUGGCAGAUUUAUUGUCCAUCAAAUUGGUGCUUUCAUUGAGAGCUCGAGAAAUACACUCAAGAAAAAUCCUUCCCAAAGAACAAUGGUGCAAACCCGUAGCAACGCAAACCAGGUCACCGGAAAUCCCCCUCAAGGCGAAACUAGCGCCACCGGAGGUCGUCAUCCUCACAUCAACGUGACAGAGGCAGAGGCCCUCAUUCAGCGGCCUCGAACCUCUGCGUUCGACCGGUUGCGGGACACUCGGUUGGCUCGAAAGGGCGACCUGAGGGAGAAGCUUAAGGAGAGAAGAGAGGAGUCCUCAGCAACAUCCAAAGCUAGCUCGGAAGAGCGACGUAAGGCGAUUGAGGACAAAGAGGUGAUCGAGUUAUGGAGGAUGUAUGAUCGCCUAGAGAAGCGACUAGACGCCCAUAAUCCGUACCGCCAGGCGGUCUUCAGUGAGGUAACCCCCUUUUCCAGAAGGGUGAUGUCUUGUCCUCUCCCGGACAACUUUAAGACCCAUCAUAUCAAGGCAUACAACAGGACGACCAAUCCCCAAGACCAUUUCGCUCGCUUCGGGGCGAAUGUGGUUAUGUACACAUACCCUGAAGAAAUUAAGUGCCGAAGUUUCCUAGCAACGCUGGAGGGGCAGGCCUGUGAAUGGUUCCACAAGUUCCCUAAGGGAUCGAUCGAUAAGUGGAGCAACCUGGCCCACAAAUUUUUGGAGCACUUCGCGUCGAGCCGAAGACAGAAACUCCCCUUCUCACAUUUGCUCAACGUGAAGAUCAGAAAGGGGGAGGAGCUCCAAGAAUUCAUCAAUAGGUGGGAGAAGGAGGCUAGGGACGUCCAAGGGGCGGACGACCAGGCCCUAACCGUGAUGCUCCAAGCAACACUCCCUCGGGGGAUUCGGGAAAGUUAUAGCGUCCAAGAUGCACCCAGGUACUGCAAAUACCACCGUAACAGCACCCACAAUACGUCGGAGUGCGUUACGUUGAAGAAGGAGAUGGAUCAGCUGAUCGCUAGAGGGCCGCCACCUCGACCGGAAAGGCAGGCACCUGGAAACAGAACGUGGAGGAGACCGGCAGCCGCUGCCGCAACGAUCACCAAUGGAGAGGGGCAGGAAGAUCGAAGACGACAUCUGGGGAGAGACUGUGAGGACCUGGAUGAAGAUGAAAGGCAGAACCGCUGGCAUCUGGGAUGUCGGUUCAUCAUGGGUGGAAAUACCAGAGGGGACUCGGCGUCCUCACGGAGGAAGUGGAAGAACAUGCUCCACUUAGCAGAAGUGCAGAGGCCACUGCUGCCCAAGCGGAAGAAGAAGGAACCCUUGAUCUUCACGGAUGAAGAUUACCCACCAGUCCUUAUCCCCCAUCGGGAUGCGCUGGUGGUGAAGGUAGAGAUUAAUAAUGUGGUGGUCCAUCAGUUCAAGCCGCGACCAGCAAUUAAGGGACAGGCCUUGGCAGAUUUUGUGGUAGAGUGCACCGCAAGGGAAGUUGAAACCAACAAAGAAGAGCGAUAUGGAAGUUGGUGCUUCAUAUACACUGACGGAUCGUCCGCGACUGAUGCUUUGGGGGGCAGAGUCAUGGCGAUAUCACCAGAAGGGUUCAAGGCAUAUUACUCUAUAAAGUUCCGUUUCAAGGUCUCGAACAAUGAGGUUGUGUACGAGGCACUCCUAUGUGGCUUGAGGUUGGAAGCGUCAUUAAAAGCUGGAUGGAUCCAGGUUAGGUGUGACUCAAAGUUGAUAGUGGGCCAUGUAACAGGAGAAUUCGAAGCGAAGGACGAGCGAAUGGAGAGAUAUAGGGACACUGCGUUGGAACUACUUAAGACAUUCAGGGCGUACCAGAUAGAGCAGGUCCCUCGGGAGGAAAAUGCUGAGGCAAACAUUCCCUCAAAGCUUGGUCCAGAUUCCCCGGAACACAUUUAGGCAAUGACUCAAGAAGAGGAGUUGUUGGAACCAAGCAUCAGUCCCGUACAAGUCUUGGUCAUCACACUUAAUGAGCCAGACUAGAUUGACGAGUUGACCAUGUACAUCCUUGACGGAUCGAUAUCGAUGGAUCCCGUCGCGGCCAAAGUCGUCAAGCGACGCACACCUAGCUAUACGCUGGAGUGCGGA